AUAACAGUUGUGGCUUGUAACUUCAAUAUUCUGUUGAUAGCAGCAUUGCACAGGUUGGUAGGUUUAUGCAAUAGCUGUUAGUUUCAUGACAGAGUAAGUAAAUUUAAACAAUGGCUAGCUGAUUACGUCGAUUCAAAUUAAGCUACGUUCUGCAACAAUAAAAAAUAUGGAUAUCUCUGACUUCAUGAUCGGUGGUUUUGCCGCAAUGGGUGCAAUCUGCUUCACAAACCCACUCGAGGUAAUCAAAACUCGUUUACAAUUGCAAGGUGAAUUAGCUGCACGAGGAUCAUAUGUGGAGCCUUACAAGGGAAUUUUCGACGCUUUAAUCACUGUGAUAAGAUGUGAUGGUUGGUCUGCUUUAGAAAAAGGACUUGUGCCCGCGCUACAUUUCCAGUUUAUAUUAAAUUCAGUUAGGCUAGGUGUAUACAAAACUGCCAUGAAUAACAAAUGGAUGCAUAAUAGAAAUGGAGAUGUUUCAUUUUUUCGCGGUAUGCUAUGGGGUGCUGCCGGUGGUGUUACUGGCUCAUUUUGUGCAAGCCCGUUUUAUAUGGUGAAAAUUCAAUUACAAGCCCGAUCGAAUAGCAAAAUUGCCGUUGGUUACCAACACCAACACACUGGAUUUAUAAAUGCAUUUAGAAACAUUUUAAAAGAAAGUGGUUUCUUUGGUCUGUGGCGUGGCGCCACUGGAAUACUGCCGAGAGUUGCGAUCGGUUCAAGUACACAGAUUGCAACUUUUAGUAAGGCAAAAUCAAUGCUGCGCGAGUAUGAAAUUGUCACGCAACCUAUACUUAAUACAUUAACGGCAGCAUUUGGAGCGGGCAGUGUAGUGGCUUUGGCGAUUACACCACCUGAUGUAAUUUCAACAAGGCUGUAUAAUCAAGGCACUGACUCAUUCGGUAAAGGAAUACUAUAUAAAGGUUGGUGGGAUUGUGCUCACAAAGUAUUCAGAUUCGAAGGACUACAAGGUUUAUAUAAAGGAUUUUGGGCAAACUAUUUGAGGCAGGCCCCACAUUCAACACUUGUGUUGUUGUUUUUUGAUUUACUUAUAUCGGCUCGAGACAAAUAUCAAAGUAUCUAAGCAUUCAGUGACAAUCGUAAACAAAACACAUUUAAUUUGAUUAUUUAAAUCAUACUAUUUUGCAAAAUGAUUGAUAUAUUCUAUAUAUUAAAUUAAAUACUUAUUACAGUUUU